AUGCAGAUACCCGCUUUCACAACCUCUCAACGCGCGUUUCACCCUCUUAUCCCUCCUUCACUUGGAAUCAAUUACACUUUCCCUUUCAAACACGCCCCUAUUCCUUUCCACUCUCUCACCCAAACCUCAGCUGUUAAACCUAUAACUACCCACCACGAAGCGGUUGUUGUUGAACCGCGGUUCAUUGAUAUUGGUUAUGUAUCCGGUGUUCAUGGUUUUCAAGGCGAUGUUCGUGUCAAGCCGAACACUGAUUUUCCUCAACUACGAUUUUCCACUCCUGGGAGAAGAUGGUUGAAGAUGAAGGUUAUGAGUGGAGAAACUGUCAAGGAAGUUGAGCUUGAGAAAGGUAGGGAACACUCUGGACAGGAUUGUUGGAUAAUCAGAUUCAGAGGAAUUGAUUCAGUGGAAGAGGCUAAGGUGCUUAUUGGUGCUACCUUGCUUGUCACGGAAGAAGACAGGCCUGAACUCGAAGAUGGUGAAUUUUAUGCACGUGAUCUCAAUGGGAUGAGAGUUUUCAUGAAGGAAAAUGGACAACUUUUGGGAACUGUCAUUAAUGUUUUCAAUAGUGGAGCAAACGAUCUGCUACAAAUUUCACUUGAUUCAUCUUUUGACGUGCUUGAUAAAAAUGGCAAGCCAAAGGCAGAAGAAAUAGAAGCAUCUGGUCAGCUUGUUUUGGUGCCUUUUGUUGAAGCAAUCGUUCCAGAUGUUGAUAUGAGUAGAAGAGAAAUGCAUAUUACACCUCCCAAGGGACUUCUGGAGUUAAACUUUCGAUUUGAUGAUAGGUCCAAAAAAGAAAGGCGCCAACUUGAAUGGAAAGAAAGGAGAAAGUUCCAAAAGCGUCUCAUAGCAGCAAAAAAGAAACUUAGUGAAAUGGAUCAACAACAUGUAUUUCAUGGAUUUCAAUAUGGAAAGAAAGAAGAAUGGAGCUUGCUUAGUGAUCAGAUUGUUGGUGUAAACUCCAAAUUGCUUCACGAUGUUUUUCAAAGUCUUGAACAACCAUCCAAAAGAUGGAAUGCAGCUGAGUUGGUCAGUGCCGUGCAAGAAAAACGUAUACGUACUAUACACAUAUCGGAGAAGUCUUUCUUAACUGGAAGUAAAGACCAAUUGGUUAGAAAUAUCGUCAAUAUGCAAGAGAAGGGACUCGAGCUAAUUUCUAAGUUACACAUAUCAGAAAAGUCUUCCUUAAAUGAAAGUAAAGACAAAUUGGCUAAAAGUUUCAUCAAAAUGGAAGAGAAAGGACUUGAGCUAAUUUCUAAGGGCAAAAUGGCUAUUGUCUUGCUCUUAAAUGAAAAAGAGAAUGAAGGAUGUGUUUAUGAUCCUGAUGUUGUUGAAAACGAAGCAGCUGAAACUUCAACACUACCUGUGUUUCAAACCUUACUAAGUGAUCACGGAAAGUUUUUAAAGGUCAAAGAUCGUGCAUCUGUGCCUUUAAUCUUGGUUUCUUCAGCCCAACAAAUUCAGUCUGUAAGAAACCUGUUUGCCAGGAACAAUCACUUUGGAUUUGACUCUGAAAAGGUAUUCUUCUUGGAGGAAGAGAAGCUUCCCGUUGUCAGGAGUUCACCAGAAGGACACAACAAAUACAAGAUUUUAAUGAAGUCGCCUUGGGAAAUACUCCAAUCUCCCGUUGGACUGGGAGGAUUUGUUAGCCUGUUUUCAAAACAUAACAUUGCUGAUAAUCUUAUUAACAUGGGUGUUGAGUACGUCGAGUUAUGCUGUCCAUGCAAAACAACUGUUGGUGGAAACUCACUACUUCUUGGGUUCGUCAAUUCGCGGGAAGCCGAAAUCGGGAUACAAAUUUCACCAACAAUAGCCGAUCCAGGUGAAAAUUUUGACAUGAUAUUGUCUAUGGAUUUUGUAAAGAAGCUAACGAAGCAGAGCUACAAACUUCAAUUUGAUGCAAUCCCAAAGACAAAUUCCUAUGUUGAGAAUGUUGAGAAAGAUUGGAUAACCGUUACCUCGUCCACCCCAAACUCAUAUGAGCUGUAUUGUAGUGUAUAUAGUUUCUUAAAUGCAUGUCCGUUGGAUAAGGUUUGUAUAGUGGAGGUUAGAGAUUAA